GAGGAGGAGGAGGAGGAGGAAGAGGAAGAGGAAGAGGAAGAGGAGGAAAAGAAGGAGGAGGAAGAAAAGUAAUUGGAUUGUAGCAUCUGAGUCUUCUAGUUUUCUCUCAUUCUUCCUUAACCAUGCUUGCCCAAAAGGAAACACCACUGUGUAGAGACAAAUGGCAGAAUGUGACUCCUGUGGGGAUAGAGACGGGUCAAAGGACUCAGCCAGGAGUCUUCUGGUAGAGUAAAGGGGACUUCCCAGCAGAAAUGUGGGCAGUACCAUAGGCUAGCUACUCUUCCAACUCUUCACUUACAGAGCAUCAAAUGGAACCAUCAGCUGUAACCUACACUCAGAAGGCUUUGUAUUAAAUGUGCAAUGUUAUUUUAUUUGAUAUCUGUCCAUUUAACUGUUUGGGUCAGUUUAGCAUAUUAAGGCAAAACCACAAGACAGCAUGUUUGUUUGACCUGUGACUCUUGUGUGGAUACUGGUCUCCUCAGCAGACAGCACAUUCCCAUAAUAACAAGCAUAGAUUCUCUUUGCAUGGCCAAACACAGCACCCAGAGCACAUUUGGUGCUGCAUAAAUGUUUGCUUUCGAUUGGAUGAUCAAUAGGACUUUCUGGCUUUCUGAAUGAUUGUCUAGCAACAGACCAGGGAUCAAAGACAAUAGGAAUAGGUAACACUCCAGCCGCUAACACCACCCACACCCAAGCUCUACUCAGACAGCUCACUGACAGGGAAAUAAAGAUAUAUCACAGGCUUUCCGUGAGUUUGCAAUGUCCUGGUGGCCUGUGACCCUGAAACAGUGCAAGAGCUCUGUGCAUAUCAGCCCAUGCCAAACAGCAGAGGCAAAAAUGCCACAGCUCUCUGCUGGCUUCACUCAGGCUGGCUUCUUGAUCUGCUCAGGUGCAGUGAUUCUCAAGUGUAAAAACAGAGCCUUGUGGUUAGGCAUAGUGGCACACAUUUACCCUCCCACUGCUGAGGAGACUGAGGAAGAUAAAAAAAUUUCAUGGUCGGCCUUAGCUAACGAAUGGAGUCUGAGGCCAACCAGGCUUCAUGAGACCACCUUAAAAACAAAUACAGCACAACAAUAACCAAAUAGCCCAUGGCUGUAUGGAAGGGGUCACGUGAUGGCUCAGAGAUGGAGACGGAACCCCUGAAUUCUGGAAUUCACUGAAUCUUCAUAUAGAGCAUCCCUUCUCUGGCACGUAUGUAGGAAAAACUUAGCACUAAGUACUGCGCUAUUUAUUCUGCAUAACUUGGGCUUCAACUCCAGAAUUUGAAGAGCAAAGCCAUUCUUCUCAGUGCAAUUACACAAUUGAGCUGAACCUGAACCAGAGCACAUGGGCUCAGAUCCGGGAAAGAAGGUGGCUGAAGAGGGAUGCAGCCGUGGCCCACCUCCACCCCUGACCUACCCUCCCCUGAUUCUUGGAGUUCAAGCUGUCUUCCCCUCUAUUGAUUUGGGAAGAGAGUGCAGGAUCUGCCUUAGGCAUCAGAACUCCAGGCUGAGAAUUUCUGGAACUCUGGAAAUCAGAAGUUCUUGAGCCUUUGCCUGCUCUAAGAAUUGCAUCAUCUGCUUCGUUGGAUCCAAGGCCUUCAGACCCAGCUGGAGCCAUGAAGGCAGCUUCCCUGCUUCUGCAGCCUGUAGGCAGCUUGCUAUGGGGCUUCUCAGCCUCCGUACUCAGUUCUUCCUUGAGCUGCAUAACAGGCUCUGCACAGGAAGUUAGUGCCAGAUGUCUCCUCAGCGUUCAAGUUUCUUUACCUGGGACUGAGCGACACCCUUCAUAGGUGAGCAGCAUCCACCCAGAAUGCCGGUUUCAUCUGGAAAUACAGGAAGAGGAGACAAAAUGCGCAGAGCUGCUAAGCAGCCAAAUGGAGAAUCACAGAGCUUGCAGCGGUGUCUGGGACAACAUCACAUGCUGGCGCCCUGCAGACAUUGGGGAAACUGUCACAGUGCCCUGCCCCAAAGUGUUCAGCAAUUUCUACAGCAGACCAGGAAACAUAAGCAAAAACUGCACUAGUGAUGGGUGGUCGGAGACAUUUCCGGAUUUCAUAGAUGCGUGUGGCUACAACGACCCCGAGGAUGAGAGUAAGAUCACGUUUUAUAUUCUGGUGAAGGCCAUUUAUACCUUGGGCUACAGUGUUUCUCUGAUGUCUCUUACAACAGGAAGCAUAAUUAUCUGCCUCUUCAGGAAGCUGCACUGCACAAGGAACUACAUCCACCUGAAUCUGUUCCUCUCCUUCAUGCUGAGAGCCAUCUCUGUGCUGGUCAAGGACAGUGUGCUCUACUCCAGCUCAGGUACACUGCGCUGCCACGACCAGCCGGGCUCCUGGGUUGGCUGCAAGCUCAGCCUGGUAUUCUUCCAGUACUGUAUCAUGGCGAACUUCUACUGGCUUCUGGUGGAGGGUCUCUACCUGCACACCCUCCUGGUAGCCAUCCUUCCUCCCAGCAGGUGUUUCCUGGCCUACCUUCUUAUUGGAUGGGGUAUCCCCAGUGUGUGUAUAGGUGCAUGGAUAGCAACUCGCCUUUCUUUAGAAGACACAGGUUGCUGGGACACGAACGACCACAGCAUCCCCUGGUGGGUCAUUCGGAUGCCCAUUCUAAUUUCUAUUGUAGUCAACUUUGCCCUCUUCAUCAGCAUUGUAAGGAUCUUACUUCAGAAGCUAACUUCUCCAGAUGUUGGUGGCAAUGACCAGUCACAGUACAAGAGGCUCGCCAAGUCCACACUGCUGCUAAUCCCACUGUUUGGCGUCCACUACAUGGUGUUUGCUGCCUUCCCCAUUGGCAUCUCCUCCACGUACCAGAUCCUGUUUGAGUUAUGUGUUGGUUCCUUCCAGGGCCUGGUGGUCGCAGUUCUAUAUUGCUUUCUGAACAGUGAGGUACAGUGUGAACUGAAAAGAAGGUGGAGAGGCCUGUGCCUGACCCAGCCUGGGAGCCGGGACUACCGGCUGCACAGCUGGUCCAUGUCCCGGAAUGGCUCAGAAAGCGCCCUACAGAUACACCGUGGCUCCCGUACCCAGUCCUUCCUGCAGUCAGAGACCUCAGUCAUUUAGCUGUGUCCCUCAUACAGAGCUGACAGUGCUGCUGGGUUUGACAUAUGUGUUUGCCAGCUUCCUCUGCUUGCCCCAGUGUCUGGUGCCUUAUUGGGUCAGCCCUGGUCCUUAACUCGAUUGUAACUUGAUUGAAACACCAGUUAUUGUUGACAGACUCUAGCGUUUAAGCCAUCCUCUUCAUAAUAUGGCACAGCCAUAUUCUACUUUCAAAGAGAGCAAGGAAACCAGGUGGCCCUGAACAUCAAAACUGGGUUCUAGAACGUCCGAAAAAAAACAAGGAGGAAGAUUCCAGUUUCUCCACUGCCUCCUGUCAGGGAGAACCACGUCCAGAACCAGCUGAGCAUCACCACCCUGUGGCCCAGCGCAUGCCUAUGGUUGUCUCUGACAUUCCUCUCAAUCUAUGGCAUACCAGGGAAAGUGGAUGAAAGCAACCUUCUCAUCCUACAAGCUUCCUGGUGCCCCCGGCCUUGAGUUCUGUCCUGUGGACUACAUCUGGACAGCCACACCCUUGCCAUUCCCUGGACCAUCUGGUAGUGACCAAAGAUAAGUCAGGGAGGAUAUUCAUGGUUCAGCGGCCAAGCCAGGAACUCAUCUCCUCCCAGGGCACUUAGCAUCUGCUGCUUCCUACAAGUGGUGAGCAGCCCUGGAUCCCAGGCCGGCUGCUGGCAUGAAGGCCCUCAUUCAUGACUUGUCCAUUCAGCCCAAGGUUGUUCUCUAGCUGGUAGAAAACUUCGAUUUUUAUUUUAAAGAAAACCACCAUCUUAAAAUUGCUUAAAGAGAUUUAUUUUAUCAAAGUAUGAAGAGGCAUCAAGUUUUCCUAUCCAACAUUUGCCAGUAACAAUCCUUAUUUUUCCAGUGUUAUUUGCAACUGUGGGCAGGCAGACCUGAGGGAAUGCUUGCUGUGAUUGAAAAGCAGCUGCAGACAGAGAGUGCCUUUCCUUGCGGUGUCCAAAGACCCUGGGAGACCAUGUCAUGGCCCAGUGCAAGGGCUGUAGGUUCUGGACCUAGUGUUCAGGCAUAGUCUAUGUAACUUACACCCCAACACACACACACACACACACACACACAGGAUAAAAGCUGCAAAAUGUUUUCCUGUGCUUUCUGAGGCAUGUAGGCCACGGCCAGCAUGAAUACCAAUGAUCUCAGCAAUUGUACCAGAGCCAGAGGUUUUGGGGUCAGAAAAAUCACAAAAGUAGGGGCUCCACUUCUGGUACAUGGGGGCUUUAGUACAGCAGAGAAGUAUCUAGAAACUAGCUGAGGCCCGGGGGCCAGACAUCUGUCCUGAAUGUCUGUCCACAGAACCCCUCCUGCACUUUUGCCUCUAUCCACUCUUGAAAGGCCUCCAGUUUGUCUGCAACUGCACAGGAUAGACACCUCAGAUGAUCUAGAAAACACCACUAACCUGCUGCCUUGCAGGGCUACCAGGCUAGAGAACAGGUUGUGGGGAACAAAUGGCCUAGGUCAGAAACACUUAAAAGAGCUGUUGGCAGUGACAAAAGGUGGGUGCUACAAGCCCUGGUGUCAGCCUUGCCUGUCUUUAUACAGAGCUCACUGCUUACUCCAGCAGCUCGGCGGACACACAGCCCUCCCAUAUCUGAAAGUUGUCCUAUCAACCACUAGGCGUGACCCUGCCAUGACCCUGAAGAGACAUGUAGAUCCUGUGAACACAAGCAGCCACUGAGUACACACGGAACAUUCAGAACACCAUUCCCUCAGCCCAGCAUGUGCUAAUGCUAACUAUAGCUGGGUCCUCGUCCUGGGAAAGAGAUCGGCUGAUCACAAAGUGGUCGCUGCUGGAACUCACCAGUAGCAGAGGUGUAGUAACCAUAUGGCCAGCGCGUGAUCUUACGUGUUGUAUGUGGAAUAUCUACAAACACACCGCGGAGUGGAACUGAGUUGUGUAUAUACUGCAAUAAACCUGAUUUCAUUCUG